AUAACUGACAUUAAGGUGCCAUCCAAAUGAUCCACUUUACAGGCAGGGUGUGCUCUGGUAGUCCCUACAUGUGUUUUUACCCCAGAAAAGCUAUUGACAAAAGGCUUAAAUAAACCAAGAUGUUUUCUGCCUGGACUGGGCCUGUUGGAGCCCUGUAUAUUUAAUUGGAAGGUGAAGUUACACCUUAUGGCUCUUGGUGUUCUGGAAUGUUUCUUGCUUGGCACAGAAGUGGUGGUUAACACAGUUGUCCCCAGUUGACUAGAUUUGAAGUAAUACAUGGUAUGCUGGAAGGUUUUUCUACUUCUCUGCACCUGUCAAAGGCUAAACUGGUAGGGGCUCCCAUCAGUCUAAAAGAAUCCUGGUAUUUCUUGCAAGCUUCUAAAUUAUUCUUGUAUCCACAUAAUUAAAUGCAUCUGCGCUUUUUUUUUUUUUUUUGGGUAACCUGGCCUAGGUGGGAUUUGCCAUUGUGCAUGUUUUAUGAUGCCUGACUUGAAAGAUGCUCCACCGGCGGGGGGGGGGGAACUGGAACAGUGAUGCUGUCUCCAGAAGUCUACUGCCUGCUUGGGUUCCAUAUGCUUCUGCUCAAGCUGCUGAGGAACAUCUCCUUUUCUCCUUGAGGCUCAUGACUGAUGACUGGAUAUUUGAAAGACCUUCGGACUACGUCUUCCAGCUGGGUGAGCUUAUAAAUAUUGAGGCAUCUGUGGUGCAGUUAAACCAUGUGCUCCUGUGUGUCUUUGUAGACAUCUGUGUGGCCACUGUUGUCCCUGACAUAAAUGGAGUCCCCAAAUAUGCCUUCAUUGAGAAUUAUGGGUGCCUGGUUGAUUCCAAGAUUAUAGCGUCCAUUUCCCGCUUCAUGCCCCAAACUGGCACAGCUAAGCAGGGGUUUCAGAUGGAGGCAUUCAGGUUUCAGCAAGGGAAUGGUAGCUUGGUAAUCUACAUUAUGUGCGUCUUGAUGGCAACAGCAGCGUCUUCCCCUCCUGAUGCUGAGCAAAAAGCUUGCUCAUUCUCUGGCAAUAGCUGGCACCACAAGUAA